CACCUUAAAUUCACUUUCACAACUUAUUGGAUCAGACGAAUCAUGUAAGCUGGAUUACACUGUUUGUUGUAUCACAAAGGACAAUUCUCUCUUUGAAUUCAUAGCAUUAUUCUUAGAAGGUGCUAAGCCAGUAAAGAAAGAUGAAUUAGAUGAUAGAAAGUAUCAAUUAGAUAAAGGAAAGCUUCAGUAA